AAAUGGGAACCGCUCUGAUGUAGAUCAAUAGUUACCUAGAUAAUCAAAUUUUCGCAUAUUAUCUGAUGGUACGCUUCUGGCAGCAAAUAUAACAUUUAGACUGGUGUACAAAGAAGAAGAAGAAGAAGAAAGAAAAAGAAAAGCUGUAUAUUAUAAGCUAGAACUAGAAUGUACGCAGAAGAUUAGGAUGAGGGCGUUAAGCAAUUUUACUCCUACCCGAACUGCAAUCACAUUCACUGAUUGAUAUGUAACACUCCUUUUCUUAGCCGUAGGUAGAUGAAUUUUGCAAUCAAAUGAUGAAAAUCCUCAUCGGCCAGUGCCGGACCGAGUAUGCAUGCGAGGAAAUAAACACGUGUUUCCGUUCCGUUCUCCUCAAUUUCUACGUUUUGACGUUGCCCUACAAAUACGUGAAGCUCCUGUAGCUCCUCAUCAUACGCUAGUUCAGUUUUUCUGUUGAAUGGACGGCUUAUUUCGUUUGAAAUUAGUCAUAGCUGGACAAAUGGAAUAAUAUCGUUACGACUAUACUUAAAGACCGAACAAUGUAUUAUAAACGGGAAAACAAAAUAUAAAACAUGUGCAAAUCAGGUGAUCGCACCUGCUGUAGGAUAAUGCAUACUUCAUCCAGUAAAUCGAUGGUCCAUCAGAACCGCAUGCAAACGAUAUUGCGCCAUCAACACUUUUAGGAGGAGACGUAAAUCGCCGCGCUUUUGUAAAAUAUUACAUUUUUUGACAGAAACAAAUCCGGGCAUGUAGAAAAUCAUUGAAACCCCGAGACACUGAUAGUUAUUCGUAGUUCAACGGGGGGUGCGUUGUUCGUGUGAUUUGGCGUCGUCUGGUCAUGUCCUUGUGAGAUCAAGCUGCUGCAAACAGUUUUUUAGACUUUUUCCUUGUUUGUUUUGUUAGGAAAAUUGAAAAGUGGCAAAUAUCAUCAUACCUUACUGUGCAAAUUGGCCAAAGCGAACGAUGCAAAAUUCACAAGACAUGACGCGCUCUGCUUGACUUGAUGAUACGAGUGACCCGUUUCUAGAUUGUAAAAGCGUGGAACACGGAAUAUAAAUGGAUAUCGGCUAAAAGUAUCGUGCUAAUGCAAAACAAGACAGAAAAAAAAAACAAAAGAAAGAGAGCGUAUAAGAAUGGCGGUAUCAUAAGAAGUAUUGGCAUACAUUUUAUAACUUAACGAAUCGAAGAAAAAAAGUGCGAAGGAGUAAAUAGAUCGGAAAAUAAUACUUAAACACUAUCUCAUCAUUUGUAUAGUAAUGGUAGCAAAUCGAGGAGUAAUCCAAAUGUGUUUAUUAAACGACAUUGCAUGUCGCCGCGAGCCGUAGAUAUUAGUUAGAGAAAUGACUUUAAAGCACAGGCUUGCUUUGCCAUCACCGCGAAAAGCAAAUGUGCAAAAGAAAAGAGAAGCUCCCAUUUUCUAAACCAUUUCCGUGUAGUUCCGUGUCCUCUCAAAGUUUCGCUGAGUACAUCGAAAGAGCAAGAAACUGCUGAAACUUAAUCACAACGAUGGAAUGUUUUUAAACAACAUUUCCUACUACAUCAUUCAACCAGCAACUAUCAAGACAUUCGGCCCACACACAUACACACACACACAGACCCAAGGUCGAGCAGAAAUCGAUAUCUAAGAUCUUGAAAUGAUCAAGCUGUGCAUUGUAUGUUAUGAUAGGUAAUCUCAACUCGAACGAACCAAUAAUUGACCAUGAAACGGUUAACGAAUGGACACAACAAUUCUUUAUUCCGUUCGCUGCAUGUCUGCGUGUGUGUGUGUGUGUGUGAAGUGUGUGUGGGUUUAUGUGCUUGUUGCAAAAAUCUAUCCAUAAAACAGAACCAUCUCUGCGGGUAAUUAGUGCAAAGAAAAAGUAUUAAUUUCAAAUGAAGAAAUUGCUCUUGAUGCCACCCCACCGACACAGCAAUUUCGGAGGAGGCAUGGCAAGCAGCUUGAUCAUGUUAAAAGGUUUACAAACACUGUUCAAGGCUUAUGAUCCUACUACUCUCAGUGUAGCCGAGUUAUUGAUCUUGUUCAAUUCCUACGCAAUAUUCGCCGUAACCUCUCUCCUUCUCUCUCUCUCUCUCUCUCUCGCGUGCUUAUCAAAUGUAAGCCCAUGGGUCUGGAUCACUGAUCAUUGCAACCCCUGGAAUCCUGCGAUCAUGCUCCGUUGGAGGUGCGAGGAGGGAGUUAGUAUAUUUUUCUACCUAGCGAAGUAGUGGUGGUAGUAAAACGUUUUGAACACUCUUCUACUAAUCUACUGAUAAGCGUGUUUGGAGCAAUGGAAAGAAUUCACUGAUAUAUGUGUGAAAAAGGAUAUUAUGGUAUAUUUUUCUGCGCCCAAUGCCCCCUCUAGACACUACUCCUUCUAGACGAAGAAGCAGAUAGACAAUAGACACGACGUACACAAGCGCCAGUUCAUUGUCAACCAGCAACAAACACACACACACACACACACAUCACAACUCUAAGCUCAACAAGGUUUCUAGCUAAUUCAACUCUUAGUGAAAUCCACAACGCUGUGUCAACACCUUGUUUGAUUUGCCUUGCCCAUCGUUUUGAUUAACCGUAGAUUUCCUAACGUUUUGUAUGCUCCAGCGUUUGUGUAUGUACGUGUAUGUGUGUGUAUGUGUGUGUUCGUCGUAUGUGGUCCCCAAAACGAAAAACGAACUGCUGUUCGACUCGUUUGCCAAAAAAAAACUAGAACGAAUCCUUCUCUGAUGGUCUAAUGCCACCGGUGAGUGUGAAUGGUAGUGUGGCACUUCCUCUUCACCUUCUUGAUACCAUUUAGAAUACACGAUCCGCUGAAUACACGUACGCUCACGCAUACACUUACAUCAGUACUCCAAGUACAAAUUAGCUAAUGAAAAUUAAACAAAAGGCAGCCCACAUUCGAAAGUGACUAAGGGCGAGAAAGAGAAUUGUCAUUUUAACAAAGAACCACACACACACUGAAUGGGUGAACAAUGGAUGAUCACAAAUAUCGCGUGGGGCGGUGCGCAUCGAGGUUCGAGGUAGAAAUCAUUCUCUUCCAAAAGCUGCUAACUGUAUGCAUAUAGCGAUCGAUUUAGAAUUUUAACUUUUUAAAUUUUUAACAGCGUUCCUUUUUAGUAUGUUUCACUCGUUAGCAUUAGUAGCGUGGAGGAGCUCUGAACGCAGUUCAAUGUGCCCCGGUACGGGAACCGAGUCUCUUCUUGGGCCAUUGGACCACAUCCGGCUGUUGGUUGUUGUUGUGGCUUGGUUCCCUCUUUGGACGCUUGAGCUGCAAGCAAUUUCUGUUAAAAAAAAGUAUUCCCUAGCACCACAGUAUUGAUUUGAAAUCGAAACCUAGGCUUAUUUGUUUUCUGGGGCCCUAUCGUUCGCACAGGGAGUCGCGCACUCCAUUACAGUCCUACGCUGAAGCAGCGAUCGAUAGUCGCAGAGCUCUUUUACCUGCUAUUGUUUCUGUUUUAUAUCUAGUGAGUAACGAAAUCUAGUCAUGAUAUUGCUGUGUUUGCCCAGAACGAGCGUGUGCUCCACGUGGGCACCACGCGACGACAUCACGACGCUCUAGCGGGAACUAAUCUUAUCUCGAUCCCUCUAAUAACCCAACAACCAAAACAUACCCACACGUGUCCGUGACGUUUUUGUACCUGAGAUCCGAGUCGCGCGGUAGCACGUGUGUAAAGAAGGGGCACAUGAAGGCGCAAACAAACACACCCACCACCAUCUAAUGUCGUCUAGUGCGGCGAAGCAUAUAAUACAUUGCUCAACCCAAGCCCCAAAUUUAUCCAGCAACGAAAUGUGGCGUUUGUGCGUGUCGCGCCACUUCGAACAACGGUGGCCACAUCCAAGAAAACAUCUAUUUUUGUACUUUUCCAGUUAAAAGCGAAUGGUUGUAGCGUGACAACGAGAGAAAGAGAGAGAGAGAGAGAGAGAGUUAAAAAAGAAAACAUUAAAUACUUCAACUGUACCUUUCCCCAUACUCCUUCCCCGUGUCCGGAUGGUGUCCAUGAAUAUGUUUAUCCAGGCGCAUAAGUAGUAAAGCCACAUUCGAAUGCAAUCACAUUGCAAUGCAGGAGGAGGGUUGGAAGGGGAUCAAUUCCAGCGUACUCGUGAGACAUACCGUCAUCCACGAUGCUACUUGCUUAUCAAACACGCGCCACGGUACGGGAAGAAGUUAAAUUGGAAUUGGAGAUGAUUCGACUGGGGGGGACAUAAACCGCGGAAUCGAUAGUAUCUCUCUACCAAUGCUACUACCGGUAGUCGGGUUUGCGCAGUCGUCUCAUUGUGUUCCCACAGAAACCACCAUCCCUGCAAUUUACUCUCCCCCUUUUGGCUUGCUUGCUAUUAUCGUGCAAUCAUGGUCAGUGUGCAGCAGCGAAUAAACAAAUACUAUUGCGGAAUGCUUUUGAUCAUACUCCUACAGAAUCGCAACGAUAGCGCUAUAACGAUAAACGUAAGAAAAACCGGCCAGACAAAUGGGCGAAAACGCAGAACGAAAUGAUGUUGUCAUUGUUUUCAAAGUUGCUAUUGUUUCUCUAUUUUUUGUACUGCAUGAAACCACCACGUUAUCUAGUGUAAAGGCAAAUCAUAGGCUUAACUACAAAGGGAGGGAGACAAAAGGUGAGCAUCGAUCUGUCGUCGGUUGGCUUGAACGAUAUAACUUUUAAGAUAGAGCAGCUCCUAACUGGCACAUAUAUGCGAAGGUCUGGAAAAAAACGAGAAUAGUGAGGAUCGCUUCGAGCGACGGCUAACUGCUUUCUUACCUUCCGUUUUUUUUUAGUGUAUUGUUUGACAUGUUUUAGCAAUAACAGUAUAGCAUCUCAUCCGUAAACCAAUCCGUAAAAUCGCUGACGUUCCAGCUCAUAGAAAGGGAAGGAUCGACAAUCCUUCGCCUAACCCAAUAUAAUCCAUAAGUAAAACGGUUCUUGUUCGCGCAGAGAGACAUUCAUAUCUUGUUACACAUGGCAGCUAAGAACGGAACCACCACUAACAACAACUUACACAUGAUUAAAUAGAAGCCAGAAAACCA